AUGGAUGUUUUGCGCAAUAAUGAUGAAAGAAACUUCGAUGGAAAAAGAAAGAAAAGAUUACUGCAUACAAACUUGCCACUUUUUGGUAUGAUGCCAUUGCUAAUUUUCAAUAUUCACAGAAUUCACGACUGUAUCACCGAGCUUCCUGAGAGCUCCACCACUGUUUGGUUUAAAGGCCCACGGUUUGGCAACAUGGACAUGUUGGUGACUUGUGAUCCAGCUAAUGUUCGUUACGUAUUGAGCAAAAACUUUCAAAACUUCACAAAAGCUCCUGAAUUUAAGAAGAUAUUCGACAAUUUAGGUGAUGGGAUAUUCAACGCCGAAUCAGAAUCGUGGGAAAACUAUAGGAGAACCAUUAUGUCAUUAAUCAAUCAACAGGGGUUCCAAAAGUUUGUCGCUACAACUAGCCGAAACAAGGUGGAAGAAGGGCUCGUCCCAAUUCUGGAGAAUGUGGCAAAUGUGAGGAAUGAAGUGGAUAUGCAAGAAUUAUUUCAACGUUUUACCUUUGAUUGCACUUGCAUCUUGAUUUUAGGCCACGAUCCGGCUUCACUGCACAACGAUUUGCCACAUUUGUCAUAUGAAAAAACCUUUGCUGAUGCUGAGGAAGCAACAUUGUAUAGGCAUAUUCUCCCAAAAACUUACUGGAAGCUUCAAAAAUGGCUCCAAAUUGGCAAAGAGAAGAAGCUUAGUAAAGCGAUGGACACCAUCAAUCAAUUUUUGAUGCAUUGCAUCUCUCUAAAGCGCUUGAAAAUUAAUUGUGCAGACCAAACCGCUCAACAAGAAAAUGAGGAUUUUGACUUGUUAACAAGUUUCAUGAAAGCAGCUGGAGAAAAGAGUGAUGCACCUGAUAACAUGUCUGAAUAUGUUGUAAAUAUUGGAGGGAUGAAGAAUAAACAAAAAGAACAUUCACAAGAAGUAAAGCAACAAUAUGAACAAAACCAAAAAUUUGUAACAACAAAUGUGAAGGUUUGA